GUGUGUGAGUGAUCAUUCAAGAGCAGAUGAAUGAAUUCGACAGCUAAGCGUCAAGCCGAAGAGACAGGUGCAUUAUACACAGAUCAUCUACAUAUGAGCCCUAAUAUCAACCCCACAGUGUGCAGGUGCAGAUUUUACUAACAAAUACGGUUGAGCAGAGGCUUGGUUACAGCGGCUUUACACACACGACAUUCUCAGUAUUGAAUAAAACACAUCUACAGCGAGUUCAGUCAUCAUACGGAUGGAAUUAUGACAUCAGCACAUCCACAAUAAUCAAAGGUGGGCAGGAUGAAUUAUGUGGGUCAGUUGGCGGGGCAGGUGUUGGUGACUGUGAAACAGCUUUAUAAAGGUCUGAAUCAGGCCACUCUCUCCGGCUGUAUCGAUGUGGUGGUGAUUCAGCAGACUGAUGGCAGCUUUCAGUGCUCUCCCUUCCACGUCAGAUUCGGCAAACUGGGGGUCCUGCAUUCCAGAGAGAAAGUGAUUGACAUAGAGGUUAAUGGUUCACCUGUGGAUCUUCAAAUGAAGCUGGGAGACAACGGAGAAGCGUUCUUUGUUGAGGAGACUCAACAGGCCAGUGAAACAAUCCCCGCCUACCUGGUGACAUCACCAAUACCGUCAGACUCUGAUCCAGUGUUCUGGGGGCAGGAGUCUUCUGUGAUUGGUUCAGGUUUAGAGGACGGAGUCACAGAGGAGGAGAGCGGUGUGGUGAAAAAGAAAAAGAGGAGGAAAAGAAAACACCGGACGACUGAACAGAGGAAAGAAGAGCAGAACACUCAUGGAGCAAAUCAGGUGUCAUCAUUUUCACCCAGUGAUGUCAGACAGACUCAUAGACGGUUAGACAGUUAUACUCUCUCUGAUGAAGACUGGCCAACAGAUAGGAGUGUGCCAGAGCCCAGCUCUCCUAAAAGUGAUUCAGAAUUGACGAUGAAAUCAUCAGAAAGAUCUCGUGAUGAUCACUCCCAUAUGCAGUGGACAUGGGGCGAGCUGCCUGAAUCUACUAAGAUCAGUCACAGAGACCGGGCGGAUUCUCUUCAGCUGUUGAGCAUUACACCAUCAGAAAACACUCACUUCAGGAUCAUUACUGAUGCCAACAGCAUGACGACCCAUUCGGAUCAGAGUCCACAGUCCUCUGAACACAUGCGUCCGAUCAUCAGACCUCAGCCCCAAACUCCUCAACUUGAAACAAGCAAACAUCACGUACAAAGAUCUGAAUCUCACAGCAGCACGCUGGAGUCACCAGGACCACCCCAUCACACAUGCAAACUACAACCACACCUGCUGGAACAUCAUCCAAACAAAUUAGCUCAUCAUACAUCCAAACUGGAACUUCAUAUUCCAAAAGCAUCAAAUCUAGGAUCAUGUUCAUCAGUGAGGGGUCACCUGCCCAUGUUUGUACCCCAAGCUGCUGCUCGUCUGCUGGGAGACAUGACAGAGAGCGGCCCAGAGUUUAACACCUCCUCCAAUCCAGAAUCAGCUUGCAAGAGGAAAGUUGUGAGGAGGAGGAGUCAGCACCAGGGUCCAGAUGACAUCUAUCUGGAGGAUCUCAAUGGCUUGGAACCGCAUAUAGCUGCUCGCUACUUCCCCAACAGUGAGCCAUCAGGAAGACAUUGGGAUGAGGAUUAUAGUCGCUCAGGGUCUCAGUCACCACAGUCAAUAAACAGCACAGCAGCUGACAGCGGCACAGAGUGUUUAUCUGAUUCUUCCUCUGACCUGCCAACAGUCUCUCUGUCACUGUGUGGAGGACUCGGAGACAACGCUCAAAUCAACAAAGAGAAAUUCCUAGAGCAUAUUGUCACGUAUCAGGAGUUUGCUGACAAUCCAGCCAUCAUUGACAAUCCAAACCUGGUGGUGAGAAUCGGCAACAGAUAUUAUAACUGGACAUUGGCAGCACCAUUGAUUCUCAGCUUGUGUGCCUUUCAGAAGAAUCUGCCCAAGGCCACAGUAGAUGCCUGGGUAAAAGAGAAAAUGCCAAAGAAGACAAAGCGCUGGUGGUUCUGGAGGAAGAGCAAGUCACAGUCCAAAAAACAAGAGACAAGUGAUUCACUGAAUGCAGAAUGUCUUUCCCAUUCAGAUGAUAAAAGUCCCUCAAAGCAGGCUGUGGUGGACAGUUCCAGUGAAGAAGAAUCAAAGGAACUGAAUUCGGCAGCAGAACCGUCCGUUCACACUCACUCAUAUAAGAAAUCACUGCGGCUCUCUUCAGAGCAGAUUGCUGGUCUUGGCCUUAAAGACGGACCCAAUGGCGUGGUGUUCAGUAUCACCACACAGUAUCAGGGAACAUGUCGCUGUGAGGGAACCAUCUACCUUUGGCACUGGAGUGACAAGAUAGUCAUCUCAGAUAUAGACGGCACUAUCACAAAGUCUGAUGUUUUAGGUCAGUUCCUCCCUCAGCUCGGAAAAGACUGGACUCACCAGGGCAUUGCAAAACUUUACCACACCAUACAUGAGAAUGGCUACAAGUUCCUCUACUGUUCUGCACGGGCGAUUGGCAUGGCGGGCAUCACCAGAGGGUACUUGCACUGGGUCAAUGACCAGGGCACCAUCUUACCAAGAGGACCUCUCAUGCUCUCACCCAGCAGCCUGUUCUCUGCCUUUCACAGGGAGGUGAUUGAGAAGAAGCCAGAGAAGUUUAAGAUUGAAUGUUUGACAGACAUUAAGAACCUCUUCCCUCACAACUCUCAGCCGUUCUACGCAGCCUUCGGCAACCGCAGCAAUGAUGUGUUCGCCUAUAAAUAUGUUGCUGUGCCAGCAUGUCACAUUUUCACGGUGAAUCCAAAAGGAGAAGUCAUUCAGGAGCAGUGCAAAAGCAACAAGACAUCAUAUAGUCAUCUAAGUGAGCUGGUGGAUCAUGUGUUUCCUCUGAUGGACAAACAGCAAAACUGUGCCUUCAUCUACCCAGAAUUCAGUUCUUUCUGCUUUUGGAGGGAGCCAAUCACUGCCGUCUGUCUGGACGAGCUGCUGGGACAGUGAUUGGCUGAGCUUGUUAAGAGGCCCUGAUCUGAUUGGUCAGUCUCUAAUGUGUAUAAAAGGACAAAAUUUUGUAGUCGAUCUGUAGUUUCUUAUAAAGAUCACUACAAGUGUGUUAAAGCAAAUUCAUAUAUACAGAGCUGCUGUUAAAAACAUAAUUCAAUUUAAAGCCUUAACUAAGCUUAUGCUGCACCGAGCAAAUGUGUAUUUAUAAAACAGAGUUAAAGUACAUAUUUGUAAAGUAUUGUGAUAAAUGUUGAGUAAUGGUCAAUUUAUCUCCUAAAUCUGCUUUGUGUUUGUGUGUGUGUGUGUGUGUGUGUGUGUGUUGUGUUAGUGUGGGUGUGUGUGGGAGUGUGUGUAGGUGUGUGUGUGUUAGUGUGUGUGUGUGUGUGUGUGUGUGUAGGUGUGUGUGUGUU